AUGACUACAAUGGAUCUUCGCGUGGGGAACAAGUACCGUAUUGGCCGCAAGAUUGGCAGUGGAAGCUUCGGUGAUAUUUAUCUCGGCACCAACAUCAUUUCUGGAGAGGAAAUUGCCAUCAAGUUGGAAAGUGUGAAGGCCAAGCAUCCUCAACUUGAAUAUGAAGCUCGUGUUUACAAGUCCUUGGCCGGAGGAGUCGGGAUCCCGUUCGUUCGUUGGUUCGGAACCGAGUGCGAUUACAAUGCUAUGGUACUUGACCUUCUCGGACCUAGCUUGGAGGAUCUCUUCAACUUUUGCAACCGCAAAUUCUCCCUCAAGACGGUCCUUCUACUCGCCGAUCAGCUCAUUUCCCGUAUCGAAUACAUUCACGCCAAAUCUUUCAUCCAUCGUGAUAUCAAGCCGGACAACUUCUUGAUGGGGAUUGGGAAGCGUGGAAAUCAGGUCAAUGUCAUCGACUUCGGAUUGGCAAAGAAAUACCGUGACCCAAAGACGCACUUUCACAUUCCAUACCGUGAGAACAAGAACUUGACGGGGACUGCCCGUUAUGCAUCCAUCAACACUCAUCUAGGAGUUGAACAAUCUCGUCGUGAUGACAUGGAGUCCCUUGGAUAUGUCAUGCUCUACUUCUGCCGCGGCUCUCUGCCCUGGCAGGGACUGAAGGCUGCCACCAAGAAGCAGAAGUAUGACCGCAUCAUGGAAAAGAAGAUGACGACUCCAACCGAGGUUCUUUGCCGUGGAUUUCCCAACGAGUUUGCCAUCUACCUGAACUACACUCGUUCCCUCCGUUUCGAUGACAAGCCGGACUACUCUUACCUCCGCAAGAUCUUCCGUGACCUGUUUGUCCGUGAAGGAUUCCAGUAUGAUUACGUCUUUGACUGGACCGUCUACAAGUAUCAGAAGAAUGCUCAAGCUAUUGCGGCAAGCAACAAUCAGACUGCUGUGCAAGAAGAAGAAGAGAAGCCAGCUCGUCGUCACGCCGGAGGUACGAACGCCGCAACUGCAGGCAUUAACCCCCCUCAGAACACAUCCUCAGCUAGCAAACCAGGUGCCAUUGCCAGCCAGAGACGUAAAGUCAUUGAGCGUCCUCCGGGCGUCGACACCCCUGAUACGAACCGUGCAGUAGGAGGAAGUGACAGGAUGCUGCGCUCUGCCUCCAAGGGAGUCACUGGUGCUGGGUUCUCGAGACCUAGCAACGGUGUCUACCGUGUGAAGCAGGGAGGACAGAAAGGGGACGGUGGAUGGUACUGA